AUGAAUUAUACAAAAUUUAUAUUUAAAAAGCAUGGUAAAAACUGUUUAAAUUGUACAUACAAGUCUCUCACUGGAUACAGUAUAUUGCUGUAACAUUGUUUCGAACAUUUGAAAUAUACACCAUUAGGUGGCUCAUACCUUAAUAAAAAAAAAAAAAUACCGACCUACCUACCCUAUUUUUUUAGGAUGUUACCGGAAACAAACAAUCAUUUUUUAGGCCUGAAAUUGGGGUCGCCCAUACAGGAUGGGUUACCGGUGGCGACUAUAAAUAAACUUACAAACAAGUUGUGUAUAAUCCGUGUCCAGUAUUUGUGCUAACAAUUAUAUAAAAGGGUUAGUUAAAUAGCGAUCGAUACUAAAUUUGUAUUGACAAAAGUCAGUAUACUUUUAAACUAUGUUAAAAUCUAGCUUAUAAUCCUGGAUUUUAAUUAUUCAUGUGUGCGCUUGCUCUAUUUCUCCGACUGGCCACGUGUUUGAGCGAACGGAAGAAUGAUUUUAAGCAAACGGAAGAAUGUUGUAGGGGGACGGAAGAAAUAUUUAAGGGAACGACAGGGUCUACUUAAUAAUUAUUAACAUAGGUACUGAUCAUGAAAAGAAAUAUAUCUUAGAUGUGAUGUUGAAAGAUAUAACCUACAUAGAUUGAAAGAAACAUAUGGAAUAAGACUUACAAGGGCAUAAUAAACAGCUGAGAAUUAAAGUUGUGUUAAAGCAAUCAUGGAUACCACAGGGCUAGAUCCGAUCAACAUGAGCUACGUUUUCUCGGUCGAGAAAUCAUUUGACACUCGAGCUUUUUAUGAUUACAUGCUUCAGCACUGGAGUGAUUCCUUGGUGUAUUCAGCCAUUUACUUGGUGGUCAUAUUCGGUGGUAAAGCCUAUAUGGCAAACCGGAAGAAGUUCGAGCUGAGACCUUAUCUCGCGGUAUGGAGUGGACUUCUAGCUGUGUACAGUAUACUGGGAACUAUACGAACUGUGCCGGAACUGAUUUGGGCACUAUCUCAUCAUGGAUUUGAAUACUCUUACUGCAACAAUUCGUAUCUGGACCAAGGAAAAGUCUCUGCAUUUUGGUGUUGUAUUUUCGUGUUGUCGAAAGCAUUUGAACUGGGUGAUACAUUAUUCAUUGUACUAAGAAAACAGCCCCUGAUAUUUCUUCACUGGUAUCACCACAUCACUGUACUCGUAUAUUCUUGGUCUAGUUAUACUGACCAAAUAGCUAAUGCUAGGUACUUUGUAGUUACCAAUUAUACUGUGCAUUCGUUCAUGUACAGCUAUUAUGCCUUACGAGCAAUGAAAUUCCAACUUCCAAAAUGGGUGAGCAUGUUUAUAACAUCCCUUCAACUGGCUCAAAUGGCGUGGGGUGUUAUUAUUGUUGUACUGUCCUUCAGUGCUCUCACUUCCGGUCGAGAAUGUGUCACACACUAUAGGAAUAUAUGUUAUUGCCUGUUAAUGUAUUUUAGCUACCUCAUACUAUUUGCACACUUUUUCUACAAUGCGUAUGUAGUUCGGAAGCAAAAGAAGCAGUGAUGUUGGAAGAGAAGAGACCUUUUUUUUGACAACCCUUAUUUCUUAACUGUUCAAGCCUUAAUAACAAUCUGCGUAUUUCAUAAACCUUCUUUACGGAUAUUAAAUUCCUGCGGCUUCAAUAGCACACAAAAACUUUUUAUGUCUUUCGUAUUUAUACGAGGGUAUAAUUUUUUCACUCCGCAAACCUCAAUAUCCACCCAUAAGGUCAUAUACUUCUAUAUCCUUACAUUGAUUAUAUCAGCAUGCAUAAAUCGGACAAUAAAGUUUACUGAUCAAUAAUUUAGUUCUGUAUUAUAUGAAAAACAUCUUUUUUCGUGGGUUUUUUUUUUUGUCGUUUUUUGUUGUUGUUUUUUUUUUUUGUUUUGCUUUUGUUUUUUGUUGCUUUUUUGAAGUUAAACCAUAUCAAGGGCGAGUUACCAGAUUUAAUUAUGGAAGAAAACCCCGGUUCGCCUUACUAAGAUUAUUUCAGGUUCAUGGUAGCAUCAUGCGAUGUAAAAUAUAGCUUACCUUUACCUUUACCAGCUGAAUGGUCAUCUCAUGUACAAUAGUUUGAGAACCGAAUAUAAAGAUAUCAUAGUAAGCAAUAUACGCAAGUACUCGACUACUUUCCAACAAAAGAUGCACGAGGUAAGCCAAACGACAAAUGUGCAAAGCAAUUCAUUCCCUUCAUCACUGUCGUUUUCGGUGUUAAACACCUGCUUCCUCAGACACGAUCAAAAGAGAAAAGGGGCUUAGUAUUGUACAUGCGGUGUGUCUUCAAAUUGUCAAAUCAUAAUUUCCUUUAAUAAAACCUUUUAUAAUUUUGCCAAUGACAUUUUUAAAGCAUACGUUUGGUGGGUGAACAUCAUUUAUCCUAAAAAGAAUCUUGUAACGUUGCAAAGAAGUAGUAUAGGUCUAAACUCUGUCAAAAGCAGUUGAUUACAGAACGGAACAGAAUAGAACUUUAUUAACUCAAGUUACAUAUGCAACAUAUGUGUAUACAGAGACAAAGUUCCCAUCGUUUUUUAUAUUUCUAGUACGUAAUAUACACUGUUUUCUGAGAACAUAUAAACAUAUCCUACCAACUUACAUAUAAACUUAUAUUCCACUGUCCUCUUAUUUUGGAAAAUAUUGGGAUAAAGAGUGAAAUUUAUGAUUGAAAUAUAAAAUUCAAACAUUUCCAACGUACGCUGUCACAGGGUUUCGGUUUGAGGGGCAGAGUUCUUAGAAUUUGUUUUUCCCUCUUUGACCUGUCAGUACAACCCUUUUAAUCAAAAACUUACAUUUUAGUGAAAUACUUGUAUGAUGUAGACCACAGCAGAUAAUAAUUUAAGAACAAUACUUUUAACCCUUAUCAUGCUGGACACGAUUGAUUCUGACUUUUCGAUCAGUGUAGAUCAUGACCAGCCUGCACAUCCGUGCAGUCUGAUCAUGACCUGCACUGUUCGCCAUUCAGUCACUCACUCAGUAUCUUUUUGGUAUGCACCCCUGUUAACAGUUAAUGGUACUGUUCAAAUUGACAGAUGGACAAGUUCAUUAUAGAAAUUUAGCAUGGUAAGGGUUAACUAAACUCAGAGGUAAUGGACUUUAUUAUAU